UGCCAUUAAUUGCUCUCUUGAUUUAAUUUUAAAAGAACUGGCAAAUGUUUCUUAUUUCAUUAAUUUCAUUGCUAAUAAUGCCAUGUCAUAAUCUGCCAUUAAUAUGUUAAAGAGUCAGUUACAUAACUGGAAUGGAGAUGAGUUCCUCGGUCUUUGCAGGUCCCCACCUUCACUUCCUGCUUGCUCAGAGAGGCCCAGAAGCCGUUCUGCCCACCGAUGAGGUGCUCCAGAGAGCUUCCUCUGUGCCAAGAUUCAAGGGCAAAUGCCAAGCUGUGACUUUUCUGGCAAGAGGAGACAUGCUGGGGAAGGUACUUGGUGUGCAGUUAUGGGCAGUCUUCACAGGUCUUUGCCACGGGGUCACUGUGACCCAGAAGGAACGCUUCAAAACCAUCCAAGCCGGGGCCCAGGCAGACAUCACUUGUGAGCACGAUGAUCGUACCUACUUCACUAUCUAUUGGUUUCGGCAGGAGCACAACAGUGGUCAGAAAGAGCUACAGCUCAUCGGCUUCUCCAUAGAAGGAAACACUCCAUCGCUGGAAAAGGAAAACUACAGGAUAGACAGAUCAGAUGUGACCCGUGCUUCUCUCAGGAUUCCUCCAGAGGAGGCUGCCAAGCCAGCAGUAUAUUUCUGUGCAGUUUCCAAGGCACAGCGAGAGCUCCAGGUUUCACACCUGCACAGAAACUUUCCAGCACUGUGUAUAGCCUCCAUCUGCGCCACAAAGCCAAACCACUUCAUUUAUACAGGAUCUGAAUCACAGCAACACGGAGCAUUAAAAACUCUUCUGGAACACUGUAAUAUUUAAAGAGGGGAAAAAAGAGAAAAUCUGGAAAAAAUAGAUUGUGUUUCUAGCUUAUGCAUUACUGUAAAGCCUGAUAGAAUUUUGACUGUGUUACGAAUUAGAAGUCACCACAGAUGGUAGAAUAUUAUUUGGAACACGGAUGCAACAGCAAGGACUUUAAAGCAAUUGUCUCCACUCUAGUAUUCUCCAGAUAUGUUUGACUACAAAUUUCAUUGCUUCCAGUCAAAAAGGUGGUUGGCUGAGAGGCUGUCAAAGGAAAGGCACAGUUCUGGGGUCCAACAAGAUGACACAGUUUAAUGGAAGGGAGUCAAAGCCUGCCCUCCCUGUAGGUGCAUAGGGCGAGCAGAGAGGGUGGGAGAUAUGGACAUUAAGUGAAUUAAACCUAAUUACAUUUGAUUGAUUGACUGUGGGUCAUCAAGUUGUUUUCGACUCCUAGAGACC